GAUAGUUGAUUCGUGAUCCAAGAUGGUUUCCAAUUUUUGAGAUUUGCAAUUUUUCACUGAAUAAAGUCAAUAUUUCUCAAAAUUUCAGCAGCGAAUUGUAACAUAAGAUAUUUUAGUAUACACACUUGAUAUUGGCCCUUACUAAAAACAUAAAAUGGAUUCCCAAAAUGCCCAGAAAACUUGGGAGAUGAGCAAUAAUAUUGAAAAUGUCAACGUUGUUGAGGAAAUCUACAGAUAUGACAAAAAACAACAACAGGAUAUCCUUACAGCUAAACCAUGGGAGAAAGAUCCACAUUAUUUCAAGCACAUAAAGAUCUCAGCUCUUGCCUUGCUGAAGAUGGUGAUGCAUUCCAGAUCGGGUGGUAAUUUAGAAGUGAUGGGUCUCUUGCUUGGAAAGGUUGAUGGUAAUACAAUGAUUACCAUGGACAGCUUUGCCUUGCCAGUAGAGGGUACAGAGACAAGAGUAAAUGCCCAGGCACAGGCCUACGAGUACAUGGCUGCAUACACUGAAGCUGCAAAACAGGUUGGACGACUGGAGAAUGUGAUAGGCUGGUACCACAGCCAUCCUGGUUAUGGUUGUUGGUUGUCUGGCAUUGAUGUCAGUACACAGAUGCUGAACCAGCAGUUCCAAGAGCCGUUUGUGGCAAUUGUGGUGGAUCCUGUGAGAACCAUCUCAGCUGGGAAAGUCAACAUUGGUGCUUUUAGGACAUAUCCAAAGGGCUAUAAGCCUCCAGAGGAGGGACCAUCAGAAUACCAGUCGAUUCCUCUCAGCAAAAUUGAAGAUUUUGGUGUCCAUUGUAAACAGUACUAUUCACUGGAGGUGUCUUAUUUCAAGUCUAUCUUAGACAAGAAACUCUUAGAAUCAUUAUGGAACAAAUACUGGGUGAACACUCUGAGCUCAAGCAGUCUGCUGGCGAAUGCUGAAUAUACCACUGGUCAGAUCUUUGACUUGGCUGAUAAACUGGAGCAGUCCGAGGCACAGCUGGGAAGGGGCGGCUUCAUGCUCGGCAUAGAUUCACACGAGAAGAAAUCAGAAGAUAAACUUGCCAAGGCCACAAAGGAUGGAUGCAAGACUGUUAUCGAGGCAAUGCAUGGAUUGAUGUCACAGGUGAUCAAGGACAAACUCUUCAACAAGGUCCAUGUCCCAACACCAGCACAAUAACAACUGAUAUGGAAGUUGUGAAUAUGCAGGACACUGGAUUACUGGAUUCUGUUUAGCUGCAAUGGAUGCAAAGAAUGUGCUGUUGAUAAGAGCUGUGCUAGUUGACAUGAGACUCGUUGGAAUUACUGUUGCCAACAUUAUGGAUUAUGAUAGUGUUCUUCGACUCCAAGGACCUUCGGUCACUAAAGUCACUGGCAUUGGACUGGGUAACUUGACUAUCAGGAUUACGCUUCAAUCCGAAUGGACAGGAAAUUGUUGGACGAUUACAAAUCACUUUGAAUAGCUUGGUUAAGAGCAUUCCUCGUACUCUGAAAUGUGCAGAUCUGAACAGUGCUUCAAGUUUCUGUUUGUCUGACAGCACUGCAAGUGAUGUGUUGAAGAGUUUGGUAUGUUUUCCUCCUCAUCAUCCUGUAAAGUCUUCAAGACUCGGACAUGUACACGAAUGUGGAAGAUCGUUUUGUACAAUAAAAAGUUGUAAAAUUCA